AUGGCAGACCAUCAUGGAGAUGCGGUGUUUGCGAGAGAUGAUGCUCUCAAUCUCACAGCACCCUUUGAUGCCGAUAAGCACCACGAGUUUCUCAUUGCUCCCCGUGAGUCUCUCAUUGCUCCCCGUGAGUCUCUCAUUGCUGCCCGUGAGUCUCUCAUUGCUGCCUGUGAGUCUCUCAUUGCUCCCCGUGAGUCUCUCAUUGCUCCCCGUGGGUCUCUUAUUGCUCCCCGUGAGUCUCUCAUUGCUCCCCGUGAGUCUCUCAUUGCUGCCUGUGAGUCUCUCAUUGCUCCCCGUGAGUUUCUCAUUGCUCCCCGUGAGUCUCUCAUUGCUCCCCGUGAGUAUCUCAUUGCUGCCCGUGAGUAUCUCAUUGCUUCCCGUGAGCCUCUCAUUGCUACCUGUGAGUCUCUCAUUACUCCCUGUGAGUCCCUCAUUGCUGCCCGUGAGUCUCUCAUUGCUCCCCGUGAGUCUCUCAUUGCUCCCUGUGAGUAUCUCAUUGCUGCCCGUGAGCCUCUCAUUGCUGCCUGUGAGUCUCUCAUUGCUGCCUGUGAGUCUCUCAUUGCUCCCCGUGAGUCUCUCAUUGCUGCCCAUGAGUCUCUCAUUGCUUCCCAUAAUCCAUGGUAA